AUGGUCUCAGCAAUGGCGGGCUCCCACGCGGAGGCGGAAGCGGCGUUGCUGCUGCGGUGCGCGGCGGGCGCCAAGCAGCUCGUGUCGGCAUCGUCGCACCUGCUCUUCCGCGCCACCGUGCUCUCCACGCUCACGCUCGUCGUCCUCUUCGCCGUGCACUACCCGUCCCUGCUCUCCAACUCCUUUUGCCUCUCCGCGUUGCCCGCAUCCGGCUCCUCCUCCUCUUCCUCCUCGCCGCGGUCUCGGCACUCGCACUGGAGCCUGCUAGGCUCGGGGACAUCGUCGUCGUACGGGUGGGGGGGCGCGGUGUGA